AUGGUUGACCCAAAAUAUGAGACUUCACCUUCCAACCAGACCUGUGAUGCUGUCGACACAUCUGCCAGCACUUUCUUUAUGGUGGUCUACAGUCUGCUGUUUGUGGUGGGUCUACCUCUCAAUGGCUUCGUCAUAAAGUUCUACUGUUGUCAAGCUCAGCAGCAGGCAUCGAGCAGCUUGAAGGUCUUCCUGAAAAACCUGACAGCUGCCGACUUUCUGCUCUGUCUCUCUCUGCCACUGCGCAUCGGCCACUAUAAUAGCGGAUCUAUAAUAAUUUGGCAGCUCUACUGCAGCUUUGGAGCCUCUGCCUUCUACCUCAACAUGUGUGCCAGCAUCAUAUUCAUGGGGUACAUCGCUGCCAACAGGUAUCUGAAGAUUGUUCAUCCUUCACGAACUCGUGUCCUGCAGACAGUACGGACUGCCCGCAUCAUGUCGAUGAUCACCUGGACUUUUCUUGUGACUACAGGAAUUAUUUUCAUUAUCCUGUUUUUCAUCACUCAUAAAUCUCUGCCUUCUAGUAUCAGCCGCUGUGUUCUCAUCUUUAGUCCACUGGUCACUGUGUCCUUCAAAAUCAUUCAGGCUUUGUGUGUCGUUACUUUCCUCGUGGUCUUCAUAUCCUUGGUCUUCUUCUACUACAGCACCUCCCGCAGGGUGUUGCAGGCACAGCAGAGGCAGCUGGCCUCCUCUGGCUCCGAGAAGCUCUUGAAGUCUCGCAGGAACAUGUUGGUGCUGGUCAGCAUCUUCUGUGUUUGUUUUGUCCCGUUUUACCUGGUUCGACUACCCUCAGUUUUUCUGUGGAGCAGCUGCUCUGUAGGUCCAGUGUUGUACUACCUGCAGGAGGUGACCACCAUGGUUGCAACUUUCAAUGUCUGUCUGGAUCCUCUUGUUUACUUUUUCCUCUGUAAGACUUUUCAUGCUCAGGUGAGAAUGGCAUUCAGGGGGACCAACAUCCAACAAGCAAAUGAGGAGAGUGAGUAG